CGUGGGGUGAGGCUGGGCUUGGACCUGUGGCUGUCUCCUGGUGGGUGGCUGACGGCCACAGGGCUCGGGCCCAGCCCUGACUGGAGCUGGUGGCCACGGCAGGCACUACCUGGGGGACCGGCUCCUGACACAAGGGCCAUCUUGGCUGGAAGGAGGCAUCGUGGAGCAGAUCGGGCUGUGCUUCCCCAGCCGCUUUCCCCAAGAUAUGCUGAGCAACUUGGCUGAGUCGGAGGAGCUCCAGCGGCAGUUCUGCCUCUUCCAGCUGCAGGAGCAGGACAAGCGGCUGCUGGAGCUGGACACGGGCCCGGAUGAGGUGCUGGGACCAGCCGCAGUGGCAGACGUGCCAGAGGUGAAGGUGCUGGCCCUGUCCCCGCGCUGCUGGCCCGUUUCCCCGCUCUGUUACAUGGAGAACCCUGGGAGGUUUUUCCCGGCGGUGCUGAGCUCCCCACUGGAUGAGUUUGCUGACUUCUGCCGGCAGAGCCAGAGCCAGCUGGGCUGGGAGUGCACGAAGCCCCGUCGGCUGCAGUGGACGUGGCUGGGCCACGCCGAGCUGCAGUAUGGAGACUGCGUCCUGCACGUGUCCACGCUGCAGAUGUACAUCCUGCUGUGCUUCAACAGCGCCCAGGAGGUGGCUGUGGAGGCCCUGCUGCAGGCUACGGGGCUCCCUGCUGACCUGGUGCACCACGCACUGACCCCGCUGACCCACGGCCAGGGCGUCCUGGUGGGGAGCUGCACUCCAGGGGGGCCCAGCUCCAGCUUGGCUGAGCCUGGCUUGGGGCUGGCUCCAGGUGCACUGCGGCUGAACCAGGCAGCCCUGGCCCAGAGCUCCGGCCGCCAGCUGAGGCUGCUGCCCCAGCAGCGCUACCUGCGGACAGAGAGGGCCGAGGUGAGCGCCCUGGAAAGGAAGAGGAACGUCCUGUGCUGCCUCAUCACCCGCAUCCUCAAGGUGGAGAAGCAGCUGCACAUCGACAACCUGGUGUUCAGGGUGAUCGAUGCCUGUCAGAAGGGCGAGUUGGGCCCAGGGGUGCAGUUCCUGAGCUUCUGCUGCCACAGCGUGGACGUGCUGUCCUGCAUCCUGCACCUGCUGAACCAGGGCUAUCUCCGGCGCCAGGAGGGGAGGCCUCAUGUCUUGGAAUACAUCUCUGCUGAAUCCUCAGCACCUCUUGGCGGCCAAGCACAGAUGACUUUCCAGUGCAGGCCAGCCCAGGCAUCUCUGGAGGAGGACAGCAGAGACAGCCUGCACUGGCGGAAUCCUGGCACAGACAGGGUGGAAGAAUAUCUCAUGGCAAUGCUGCAGGUGCCAAUGGGGCACACGCUCAGUCCAGAGGAGGCAAAGCUGCUCAUGAACCAGACAGUACAGCAGGUCCAGGAUACUCUGAGCAUACCAGAUGAUGUUUCUCGGCACCUCCUCAUGCACUGUAGGUGGAAUGUGGAUUUCCUGAUCCAGUGCUAUGUGGAGAACCGUGAGGCCCUGCUCAUCUCCUCAGGGCUGCAAGUGCAGGAUGUCCAGCCUCCCCCAAGCCCUGGAACCCACUGCCCAGUCUGUGUGAACCAGCUGUGUCCCACUGAGAAGCCACCAACCCUUUGCUGCAUGCACUACUGUUGCAAGCCCUGUUGGAGGGAGUAUCUCACAACUCGCAUUGAGCAGAACAUGGUUGUCAACUGCACCUGUCCCAUAUCCGAGUGCCGUGCUCAGCCCACCACAGCCUUCAUCUACUCCAUCGUGUCCUCCGAGGAGAUCAUAGCCAAGUAUGAAAAAGCCCUCCUCAGACGCUAUGUUGAGUGUUGCUCCAACCUGACAUGGUGCACCAACCCUCAGGGCUGUGAUCAGAUCCUCCUUAAAGAUGGACUUGGUUAUGGAGCAGCCUGUUCCAAGUGCUCCUGGAUAUCCUGCUUCAACUGCAACUUCCCAGAGGCCCAUUAUCCUGCCAGCUGCAGCCACAUGUCUCGGUGGGUGGAUGAUGAUGGAUACUAUGAGGGAAUGACAAGUGAAGCCCAAAGCAAACACCUGGCUAAGCUCAUUUCGAAGCACUGCCCAAACUGCCAGGCUCAGAUAGAGAAAAAUGAGGGGUGCCUGCAUAUGACAUGUGCAAAGUGUAAUCAUGGCUUCUGCUGGCGCUGCCUCAAGCCCUGGAGGCCGAAUCACAAGGAUUAUUACAACUGCUCUGCUAUGGUGAGUAAAGCAGCUUGGCAGGAGAAGCGUUUCCAGGAUUACAAUGAGAGAUGCACCUUUCAUCACCACGCAAGGGAAUUUGCUGUAAGUCUGAGGAACAGCAUUUCUUCCAUCAGAGAGAUGCCAAAAAUUAGGAACUUGACCUUUGUUCUUGAUGCCUGCAAAGUGCUAGAACAGGCACGGAAGGUGCUGGCCUACUCCUGUGUGUACAGCUACUAUAACCAGGACACUGAGAGCAUGGAUAUUGUGGAACAGCAGACUGAGAGCCUGGAGCUGCUCACUAAUGCUCUGCAGAUCCUUCUGGAGGAAACCCUGCUGCAGUACCAGGACCUGGCCACUUCUCUUCAGCUCCUGAAAGCAGAGCACUUCCACACGGGUUUGGAGUUGGUGCGGCAGAUCAAGGAGCGUCUCUUUGCAAUUCUCUGGCACUCCACACAGGAUUUCCAUGUUGGGCUCCAGACUGCAGGAGAUGCUGUUCAGAGAAAGUUGAAACUUGCAAAUGUGCCUGCUUCAGCCCUUGCAUGUACAGGGCAAAAACGCAUCCUCCUGUGUGACUCCCCCAACACAGAUGAAGGUGGCAAGGAGGUUGAAGAUGAGGAAUAUGAUCCACAGUGGCAGGAAGACUAUGAUGAUGAUGAUGAUGACGACCUUGAUGAAGACAACUUCAUGAUUGAUAAUGAUUCAGAUUGUGAUUCUUACUUUGAUGAUAAUGAUAGCUAUCGUAGCUAACACUAGAAGCGUUCUGUCACCUAGCCUUGCCACCUUGGACCUCUGCCUCUAUUUUUUGUCAACCAGUUUGUGUUACUGUUUUUCCUCAAAGGCAGGGAGGAGCUCUCA